AGUAUGCACUGAAACUCGGCCGCAAUGUGGCGCUGCGGUUCCCCGAGCCCGGCGCCAUGUUUGUGGUUGUGCCGCAGCAGCCGACGCAUGCUUGCAGCUGUGUUCCGUAAGUGUUGUGUGGUGUUCCCUAGCAUUUAGGUUUCUCGUGUGUUGCAUGUGGCGUUGGUUGUUUGCAAUACUGCUGCGUUGGAAGCUUCCUCUACGGAUACACGCUGUAAAGACUUGGAAAAGUGCCCACACCGGAGCACGUUGUUGCGCGACAAAAAGUUGCUGUGUACGUCUCAUUCGGCGCGACUGCAGUGUAACAUGCAACUCAGCGACUACGCAAAGUCGCUGCCUGACCCCGAGCGCAGCAGAUACAUCAUCAAAAUCGCGAAAUGCGGCGGAGAUGACCCGUUGGCGCUGUCCGAUGACCACUUUACGAACGAUGUUGCUUUUUAUCCAAGUGUCGACCGUGCGGACAUCAGAGACUAUCUAGUCCACGGGACGAGCUUCGUGACGCGGGAUCAGCUAAAGAGCUAUAAAUCCCUGGAGGCUCAUAAUUACGUCACCAGUGGUCUCGUGGAGCCACCAAGAGUGAAAGUUCGUGAUGGCAACGUCGUCGUCGUUGGAAAGGUCCGCCACUCUCAGGCGUUCAGAGAUAAGCUGCUGCUGCCGUGGCUGUUGAUUAAAGCUGACGGGGAAGUUUUGUGCGCGCACUGUACGUGCAUGGCCGGCCUCGGGGAGGCGUGCUCACACGUUGGUGCAGUGCUCUUUUAUUUGGAGGCUGUUGUGACACGCCGGGAUGGUCAAUCAUGCACAGAUGGGCAAAAUGCAUGGCUACCGCCUCAUCUCGUCAGUCUGGAAUGCCGACCGGUGGCAGAGAUGGACUUCGCGUCUUCCGCAAUGAAAAAACGCCGCCUGGACGACACUGAGGCUGCCCCCCGCGACCCACCAAGUGUUGAAAUGCCCAAGCCGAGAGAGGACGAGAUGUUAAAGUUUUUCUCGUCAUUGAGUAAAUCUGAGGGUAGGCCAGCACUUCUCUCGCUUGCCCAAAAAUUUGCUGACCCCUACAUUCCCUUGGGCUUGAAGUACCCUAAGCUCCUCCUCCGCAAUCUGCAAAGGAAGCAGUGCCCAAUUUCCUUGGAGGAUGUACAGGCAGAAUGCCGUAAUGUCUUGAGGACCUCUCAAUUGAGCCUGAUGUAAGUUUCUUCGUCUCUUUGUAGCUUGCUUACAGCCAUACCUUGCCAAAAAAACUAAUUGUGCAGGUUGUUGUUGUAAUGUGCCGUGCAUCCAUGUGUCAGCAUCUGUUCACAAUUAUAAUUUAUGCUAAACCUGCACAUGCUGCCUGGGCACUUUUCAAAUGUAUGCAAUAUUGUCAUGAAUCUACAACAUCCUUAAAGCAUUACAGCAAAACUAAAAAACAAUCGCAAGGAUAAAUAUUUGUGUUUGUUUGCACAUGAAUUGCAAUUUCCUGCAGGUGUGUGUACUGAUCGAGAAGCAGACAAAGGCCCAAUCUGCAUCUGAGAAGUGGCAUUUAUUUCGGACUGGACGCAUCACAGCUUCAAAUGCAGGAGCGGUAUUUGCAACUUCAUUGACCAAGCCUUCAAAGAGCCUGCUGAAGAGACUGUGCUACCCAGAGCACUGCAAAUUCCAGACUGCAGCAACUCAGUGGGGAAAGAAGAAAGAAGCUGCUGGGAGGGCAGCUUACAUAGAGGCAAUGCAGAAGCACCAUCUAGGCUUUAAGUGUGAAAUGUCUGGCCUCCACAUAAGCAUAGAGCGACCAUUUCUGGCUGCAACUCCUGAUGGCCUUGUACAUUGCAAUUGUUGUGGAGACGGCCUUCUGGAGAUAAAAUGUCCAUACUCUGCAAAAGAUGCACUUAUUUGCGAAAUUCUAGAGCGGCAACGAUCUUAUCUUGUAGUUGAUGGCAAUGAUGCAAAGUUAUUGAGAAACCAUCAUUACUUCAAGCAAGUAAUGAUGCAGAUGUUUGUCUGCAAAAGAAACUACUGCGAUUUUGU